AUGUCUAUUACUUUAAUCUGUCUUGUCAAAGGAAACACAUCCACAAAUGCUUUCUCUGUUAAAAUAAAUAGGGAUAAGCCUAUUAGUGAGCUCAAGGAGGCUAUCAAAGUGAAAAAGGCACCAUGUUUUGAUGAUAUCCCUGCUGACAAACUCAAGUUAUGGAAGGUAAAAAUUCCUGACAAUCACAAUUCCAAGUUGGCCAACCCUGCAUUAGAUGUCGAACUUCUGGCAAUUCAAGAUGUAGGAGAUUACUGGACCAAGAAACCACCUAAAAGGCAUAUCCACAUUAUAGUUGAACCACCUGUAUCAAUCACCACUUCGAGCUGUGAGCUUAUAGAACUUCAGGAAAAGUUAGCAUCAUUCGAAAACAAUCACAGAGUAUUCAUCAUUAAAGCUUUGUAUGGGAAGCAAUGCAAGACUUUCUUGUGGCCCAUUGAUAUUGGCACAGUGAUAUUGGAUUCUAUAAAGCUGCCAAUUCUCAAAGUCCUCCCUUUUCCACAGGAUACAAAGCCUGAGGAUUUAACCCUACAUUUCACCAAAGCUGAUGAAAAAAAUUGUGAAGAGUUAGGUUUGGAAGAUGAUGCCACAUUUCAGCAAUAUCUCAAGUCUUGUGCCAUGCAGGUGUCCCUCACUCUCAAAGUACAAAUUAAUACUGUGCAAAAACCAUUCUCCAAUUGGAAACUCAGUAAGGUAUGUGAACUCCUUGGCCUGGCAUCAAGCAUUGAUGAAUUUCCCACUUUCAAUUGCAAUAUCGACAAACUUGAUUCAGAAAAAGCAAAAGAUUUGAUGGCUCACCUUUGCAAAGAUCUGAGAUUUCGUUAUAAAGUGAUACAUGGCAAAACAGAGGCCACUUGGAGUGAAUACAUCUCCCCUUUUCUUGUAACAGCCACAUCGCUUUUUGACGGAUUAGUAAAGUUAUAUCCGCAACUAUAUGUUGCAGGAAAAUAUGGCCGAGGUCCGUUCGAUUUCUGCUUAAAACUCCUUGGAGUAAUAAUCGGUGUUGUGGAAGUAAAAAAAGAAGAUUUUGACCAAGGCAUGGCCCAGAACGUAAUCCAACUACAUUUGUCUCUCGAAACUAAUCGAAAGCGCAAGCAUGACAAGAUCGAGGAUGAGUUUGCCGAUAAGGCGUACGGAAUCGUUACCGAUGGCCGAGCGUGGUAUUUUGUCGAGUUUAUUAUGGAUGGCGAUAAACCAAAAAUUAGCGUGCAUUCGGAAACGCCAGCUGUUUUGGAUUGGACGGAGGAAUCGGAGUCUCUGGAUAAGGGUGCAG